AUGCCAUCCAAGAAAGAUUCUUCAAAGAGAGCCAAUGCGAAAGCGAGACGAGCAGCUGCUGGAUCAAACAAAAGAUCAAAGAAUGCCAAAUCCAAGCAGAAAGAAUUUCUUGCAUCCAAAGACAGUUCGACAGAGACCGAAACCGAAGAACUGAGCGUGAAUUUAACAAUUAAAUUGCCUAGUGGCAAAACCAAGACGGAUAUAAUUGUGAGUCCAAACGAACUUGUCCAGGAUAUUCGGCAAUGCAUAAUUGAGUCGCUUGAAACAUGUGAGCAUACGUGUUUUUCCCUUCACCAUAAAGGGAAAAGGCUUAAUGACUACAAAGAACUCCAAGAAGAAGGUAUCACAUCUGGCAACAUUCUUGACCUCGUCGAAGAUCCGUACAGUGAAAGAGAAGCUCGAAUUCACGUGAUGCACUUACGUGAACUCUUAGCCGGACCCUUCAAGCAGGAAAUAACAUCCGUGGGAGCUGAUCCCGGGUUGUCAUUUUUCACAACAGUCACGGACAGUAUUGGGUCGGCGAAUGAAGCAAAAGGAAACGGAAAGACUAAUGGCAAUGCGGGCGGAUCGACCCAAGCAUCAAGUAGCAAAGACUCAUUGGAGACAAAUGCUCCGAAAAACCCAUUUGCUAACUUCGAGUUUGGGAAGGUAACUCUGACCGAUUUCGUCCCCAAUAAUUUUCAAAAGGGACAUAUCAGAUGCCUAGACAGCUUAUUUCUUUCUGGCUGGAACCCAACGCCUCAUGAAAGACGAUAUCGAGGAGAUUUAUUUUAUCUGGGAGUAAAAACUCUUGGAAACCAAACUUUUUACAUAACAGCCUCAGUGACAGGCUUUUUCAUAAACAAAUCUACUGACAAAGUCUUUGACCCUUCACCGCGUACGGACCUUGAAACAUAUCACGCGCACUCUCUGAUUACGUUACUUCGAGCCAACUCGCCCGAGUUUAAUCAAAAUUUCGAAACGCUUCAGGCAUACAUUGCUAAGCACAACGUUCUUGAGAUUUUGUCAGUAAGUACCUGUCUGCCGAGCUAUCCAUGGGCUGUAAAACGCAACAAACAAGCAUACGAUUUGGGACGCGUCACGGGAGUAUAUCUUGAUUUUGGUGUUGAUGGAGUUGAAUCUAUUCGAGACUGGAACGAAGAAAUCCAGGCACAAAGAGAAUAUCCGAAGAAUGAUAUCAAAGAUAGAGUAUUUCGUGAGCGGCUAUUGAACAAGACACAGGCUGAUUUUGCAGAAAGUGCUAUUCGGGGAGCUAUUGCUGUUGUUAAUGGCAACGCGGCCUCGUUUAAUCCUCGUGACCCCGAAGAGGAGCAUAUGUACAUUUACAAUAAUAUUUUUUUCAGCAAAGCCCUUGAUACGCGGGGCAUGUUUGACAAAUUAGGUGGUGAUGAGGCUGCCUAUGUUGCUGCGAAUAAGGAUUUAGAAGGCAUUAGAACAUUUAGUUCCCUGGAUAUUGAAGGAUUGUAUACGCUCGGAAGUGUAAUUGUCGAUUACAAGGGAAUUCGUGUAGUCUGUCAAAGCGUUGUUCCCGGUAUCUUUCGUCGCGGCGACGAGUCUAUAGUGUAUGGAUAUUUUGAUAACGGACAGGAUGAACCGCGCUUAAGUGCAGAGCCAAAGUUUCAUGAAGCACUAAAGAACGCUUCUAGAGCGUUGCAUCUCGCUGAACAUAGUGUGAGUGACAAGAAAGGGAACACUGUCAAGUUGUAUACUUCGCUCGAGACCAAGGGUUUGGUUGGUGAUGAUGGCCGUCGCUAUUUAUUUGACUUAUAUCGGUUGAACCCUGUCGAUAUCGAAUUCCUUGAGAAUGAAUGCAAACCCAAAGAAGAUUCUUCGAUGCCGGCGUAUCCCCACAAAAUGACUCUUCUUCGACCAGAGUUGAUGGAAGUAUUUUGGGAUCAUAAACUACGCCUCUCUUUCAAGGAGAAAUCUCUAGAGAAGUUGAAGAAUUCCGAACAAGAAAACCAGAAAAAAGAAGCGCAGAGCCCGACAGAAACGGCGACAGAUACGUUGCCGAAAGGAGAAGAGGAGGCAGAGAAGAGCGAGCCGAAGGAAUGUUUACCAAACGAGAAAGAGAACCAGGUGAAAGGAGCGGCCAGUGAUAAGGAAAACGAAAUACCUAACGAGACGAAGCAAGAAGAAGCUGCAUCCAGUAACGAAAAGCAAGAAGAAGAACGCGUUAUCGAUGGUUCAGAAUUGAAUGAAUUCAAUCUUGCAUUCAAUGCCGACGCUUUUACGGAUUAUAACAGGCCAGAAGAUGAUGAAGUUAAUGCACAAGUAGCUUCUGACGAGAAGAACGUGCGUGAAGUAUCAAAGUUCUUAAGGGAAACAAUCAUUCCGACUCUGAUCGUGGAAUUUGCUACGUUUAAUGUAUCCCCAAUGGCUGGGCUAUCACUUACGAAAAUUCUUCAUCGCCGCGGUAUAAAUAUGCGAUAUCUUGGGUUUAUCCUUGAGAAAAUCGAUCAGUCUGAUGACAAGUAUCGUUUAGAACACAUCAGGCAUCUCUGCGUACACGAAAUGAUUAUACGCGCAUGUAAACGCAUUCUUCGCAGUCUUCUACGCGAAGCCUCCAUGGCAUAUGCACCUAAUAUUAUUUCUCACUUUUUUAACUGCCUCCUUGGCGCGAAGCUCAACCCUAAUCCGCAACCAACAAUUCCUGACGUUCGGCCCCCUAACGACGCAUGCGAAUACUCUUAUUUAUCGCUAACACCAGAUCUUCUAGAUGGGAAGAUACGGGAUGAAGUGAUGCUUCGUUUUAGAUAUGCACUGGCAGAAGGUUACGUUGAUUCGGAAAUCAGAGUGUUACCUUUGCUGAGAGAAAUAUGCCAACGAGUCGGAAUACAGAUUGCUGCACAGAAUUAUCAUUUUGUAAAGAAAAGUAAAAAGGAUUUGAAAAAGAAUAAGAGAACGACGACGUUUAUACCAGAAGAUAUAACAAACUUACUGCCUGUCGUGAAGCAUGCAGCACCAAAGUGCAAUUUUGCCGAAGAAACUUAUGAAGCUGGUCGACUGAGCAUAGCACAGGGUGAUCGUAAAUUCGGGGAAGAGCUUUUGUUCCAAGCAACUUCUUUACAUGAACAAAGUUACGGAUUCCUUCAUCCGGAGACGGCCAAGUGCUAUUCCGCGUUGGCAAUGUGUUCGUAUCACAAUGAUGAUUUAGCUGCGACACUUGAUUUCCAGCGUAAAGCCACUGUUAUAUUUGAGCGGACUCUAGGCGUGGAUAGUGCCGAAGCUGUUCAUGGCUAUUUGUAUCUUGGAUUAUUUGAACAUGCAGCUGGUAAUACCGAACUCGGUCUCCGAUAUAUGCGGCAUGCUCUUUACUACUGGGAACUCAUAUAUGGAGCUCGGCACCCGGAUGAGGCGACGGCAUUGAAUAAUAUUGGUAUGAUGCUUCAAAGCAUUCGUUAUUUCGAAGGCAGCGUCAAAUUCUUUGAACGCGCAAAAGAUACUCAACAGGCGGUAUUCGGCGAAGACCAUUUGGUGACUGCUGAAUCAUAUCACACACUUGCCAAAGCAUUAUCGCAAGCUCAAGAUUAUAAAGCAGCAAUGAAUGCAGAGAAAUUUGCUUAUAAUAUAUUUAAGAAUCAGUGUGGAGAUAAUCACAUCAAGACUCAAGAGAUAGAUUUAUACCUCAAGGAAAUGACAAAGAACGCUGUUGAAACGGCCAAGAAACAGAGACUCUUGAUGGAGCAAGCAAAAGUUGCUUCCAAGCCAGGUGCUGCAGUAAAAUCACGACCGGAUCUUGAUAACACCUCUGGAUCCAGAAAAAAAUCAGCGUCCAAGAAGUAA